AAUAAUAAAAUGUAACCGUUUACGUUUAUCCUUUUCGUAAUAUCCGGUAUCAACGUCAGACUUCCUGUCUUCUUCCUCCGUGUAACGUUAUCACAACAAUGGCGUCCUGUAGCGAGGAGUCUGCUACAGCCACUGGAGAGGAACCGACUGAAACUCUUCCGUCCCAGAAGAGAGAAGCGAGACUACGAAAAUUUCGAGAGUUACAUUUCAAACGGAAUGAAGCACGCAAGCUCAAUCACCAGGAGGUUGUGGAGGAGGACAAGAGACUGAAACUCCCCUCUAACUGGGAGGCUAAGAAAGCCCGACUGGAGUGGGAACUCGCUGAAGAUCAAAAGAAAAAGGAAUGUGCUGCCAGAGGGGAGAACUAUGACAGAGUGAAACUGCUGGAGAUCACUGCUGACGAUGCAGAGCGGUGGGAGAGGAAGAAAAAGAAGAAGAACCCAGACACAGGAUUUGCAGGUUAUGCCGAGGCCCAAUUCCGACAGUACCAGAGACUCACCAAGCAAAUUAGACCAGACUUGGAAAACUACGAGAGGCAGAGGGAGGAAUGUGGUGAGGACUUCCACCCCACAUCCAAUAGCCUGAUCCACGGCACCCAUGUGCCCACAAAGGACGGCAUUGACCGCAUGGUGGAAGAUGUUGAGAAACAGAUCGAGAAGCGCGCCAAGUACAGCCGACGCAGGGCCUACAACGACGACGCAGACAUUGACUACAUUAACGAGAGGAAUGCCAAGUUCAACAAGAAGGCGGAGCGGUUCUACGGCAAAUACACAGCAGAGAUCAAACAAAACUUGGAAAGAGGCACGGCUGUCUAGUGGGUCCAGUCACCUCAGUGGACAUGUUCACUGCUUUCAUUUUGUCUUCAUUUAGGACUUUUGGAUGUUAUUUUUUCCUUCUCAUUACUUGCUGCAUAACAAGAAUACGUGUAUUAAAAUGCUAAAAUGGACUCUGUAUUGUCAGGCAGUUUUGUUUUUUUUUUAAUCAUGCUGAGGAUAUGUAAUGUGUGGUGUUCCUUUGUACAGUAUUAAAAGUUAAAACAACA